AUGGGGUACAACUUUCUAGGUGCUUCUUCGAGGCGGGAGCUACCCUCUCCAGAGGACCUGCGCGAGUGGUUUGCCCGGCGCUGGAGCCGUGCUGCUGGAGCUGGAGGUGCUGCUGUUACUGCUGACCCUGGGGUCGGCACUGGAGUUACUGGAGCCACUGGUCCUGGAGGUGCUCGUAUUGUCGGCACUGGAGCUGGAGCUUCUGGGGGUGUUGGCGCUGGAGGUGCUGCUGGCGUUGGUCCUUCUGAGGGUGUUGGAGGUGCUGCUGGCGCUGGUGCUGCUGCUGAGGGUACUGGUGCUGUCCCUGCUGGUUCUAGAGGCGCUGCGCGGCCGCGGCCGUACUUCGUUCCGCUCCUUGAGCAGGUUCUUGGCACACACCAGAUAGCACUGCGUCCUUCCACUGCUCCUCUCCGUGUCCCGUUACCAUCUCCUCCAGAGUCCUCUCUUCCUGUCCUUGCUGAUCCGGAGUCUGACCGAGUUCGUGCUGCCAGUCCUACUGUCACUCGUCUCCUGGCUACUAUUGUCACUGACCCUUCCUUUGAGUCCACUGCUGCGUCUGCCUUGGUUGCUGAGCUUGUCGUCUUUGCUGCUCGCUGUCGUCUAGACUACGCUGCUAGUCUUGUUGCUGAGUCUGAGUUUGUCUGUCCUGCGUCCGUCGGGGGUGAGUGUGCUUCUAGCACGGACGUCCUUGAGGACAGGCAGGAGGAGUUCCAGUGUUUUGCUGCUGCUUUGCCUCAUCUCGUGUCCACGAUGGUUGCCCCUGAGGGCGACCAGGAUGCACCAGACAUCCCAACUCCUCGAUCGUACGCUGAGGCGAUCGAGGGUCCCUACUACUCUCAGUGGCAGUUAGCCAUGGACGCAGAGAUGGCUUCCUGGAAGUCCACAGGCACCUGCGUCGACGAGGUUCCCCCACAUGGGGCGAACAUCGUCAGUGGCAUGUGGAUUUUCAGGGUGAAGCGGCCGCUGGGUUCUCCGCCUGUCUUCAAGGCGCGUUACGUGGCUCGAGGCUUCACCGCUCAGCGCGACUACGAGCCUCACUCUCUUGACUUCAGCACAGCCUUCCUGCAGGGCAGCCUGCACGAGGAGAUCUGGCUGCGCCGCCCACCUGGCUUCACUGGGUUGUUUCCCCCUGGCACCCAGUGGAGCCUCCGGCGGCCAGUCUACGGUCUCCGCCAGGCGCCCGGUGAGUGGCACGACACACUGAGGACUACACUUGCGGCUCUUGGGUUUGCUCCUUCUACUGCCGACCCGUCGCUGUUUCUGCGCACCGACACCUCUUUGCCGCCGUUCUACAUCAUCGUGUACGUCGACGACUUGGUCUUUGCCACUGGUGACACUGCUGGACUAGCCCACGUGAAGUCCGAGCUGCAGAAGAGACACACGUGCACAGACCUGGGUGAACUGCGCAGCUACCUUGGCUUGCACAUCACCCGGGACAGAGCACAGCACACCAUUACCCUGACUCUGUCACACAUGGUGCAGCAGGUCCUUCAGCGCUUCGGCUUCACGUACUCCUCGCCUUAG